UCAGGUAAAAUCACUCCCUGAUUUCCUGAUUUUGGAGAAGAAUCAGAUCUGUCAGAUCACAAACGCCUCAAUUAACAGGCUGCAGUUUGGUUUGGGGGCGCUGUUGCCUCAUUAAAUUAGGGAAAAUGUCGUGAAGUGAUGUAGGUCAAAAGGCGCAGAGUGGAGAGGUUCCUGUGACUCCACCACUACCAGCUCAGCUCAGCAGACACCAGCAGGGAAAGCCACGAGCUGGUUUUGCGCAUGGUCAGUUUCACCUCAGUCAUUUUUUCGCCUCUCUCUCUCCCUCUCUCGCUCUCCGUCCUCUUCACUCAUCAUCAUCCAGCAGCAUCCAUCUCUCCGGAUGUCCACAGCCGUCGGAUUCCUGUCUGGUCGCGCCCUGGGCACCAGGUAAGACCCCGCUGUCAUCCCCAUCACUGCCCGCUCUCAGUGCUCCGGUCCUCUCAUCGGUGCCCCUGCAGGUGAUCGAGGCUUUUUUCGCCUUUCUUUUUGUUUUUUUUUCUCUCGCGUUUCUGGGAUGCAGCGCGGGGUGGAUGCUGCCUGCCUGGAUACUGACUCGUUUCCCGGUGUUUCCCUCCAGAGAAAUCCGCCUGGUUGCAUAAUUUACCUCUGAAUGCGAUCAUCGCAGACUCGGACUCUCCUUCCUCGUUUGGUCCGUGUUAUCUGCCGUCUGCUCGGGGAUUUAGCUGGUUUUAACUCUCCAUCAACGGGAGAAGUGUCAGCGCGACAGUGAUGACAGGGAGAAGAAAUGGGAAUGAAUAACCAUGAAGUGAGGAUAAAGCCGAGUGGAGGUCCAAUGAAGACAUGAGCACAUAUCGAUGGAGUCCUCUUUCAACACCGUAGAGCUCCGGGAGCUGCGAGGGAGUGGAGCCCGGCGAGGCCCGUCUCCGACACCGACUUCAGCACCCUGGACAGCAGCAACGCUGGGCUGCUCCGCCCGGGGCUUUGAGAACGCCUCCUACGAGCAGGAUGAGGAGCAGGACCUCCGUCAGCAGGAGCAACAGCCGACGAGUUAUCCGCCUUCCACAUCAGGAAACAGUAAGCAUCAUCAUCAGGAGAUCUCACCACAGUCGUAUGAUGAGGAGGAAGGCGGUGGUGGAGCAGGUGGAGGUCAGGAGGACGGUCAGGACUUCACUGAAUUUCGCCCGGUUGAUGACCACUCGGCAGACUAUGGCUUCAUCUUGGCGCUGGUGUUCCUCGUGAGUGGGAUCGUCCUUGUGGUAAUCGCCUACACCAUCCCACGGGAGCCCAAAGUCGACCCUGACUCAGUUUCGGCGCGACAGAUGGAGAAGCUGGAGAUGUACUACGCCCAGCUUGGCUCCCACCUGGAUAAGUGCAUCAUCGCGGGCCUGGGCCUGCUGACCCUGGGAGGGAUGUUCCUGUCCGUGCUGCUCAUGGUGUCCAUCUGCCGGGGCGAGAUGUACCGACGCAGGGCGGCAUUCGUUCGACCCAAGAGGACUUACGGCUCCAUCAACCUGAGGAUGAAGCAGCUGGCGACUGGAGAGGCGAGGUUAGGUGAGGGCGGGGAUGGAGGCGAGGAGGUUUUGGUGGAAUGCGCAGAGACGCGGAAUAACGUACAGCCAGAGCCAAGCCGGGACUCCAAAUCAGUACCGGGACCAAGCAAAAACCCUCCUCCUUCUCUUCCUGCUGCUUCUUCUUCUGCUGCUGCUGCACGUGGAGUCAACUAGCUCCACCCUCUGCCUUCCUCUGCGCGAUCCCCCAGGUGCAUUAUGGGGAUGCAGGUCGCCCGUUUGUGCCGAGGGGAGAACCCCAUCUUAAGCAAGAGACUUCCUGCCGGAGCUGUUACCCGGCAUGUAGGGAUGAACUGAGCUUAAGGGAUAUUUAUUCUGACCAAUCACAAGGGAUGUAUGACUUUACAACAGAGGGCUCAACUGGGUGGAAGACGAGAGGUAAGCCUGUGGCAAUGUGGAUAAGAGCACAUGUGGACAUGAACGGAUGCAUAUCAAAGAUUAAAAUGAAGAUUUUGAAUCCUAGUAUGUUAAUCAGAUUCAUACAAUAUAAAGCACAUUAUGAUAUAAAGCACCGCAGAAAGUAAGAUUAACAUUUUAUUGUGAAAAUUCUUUACUGAUGCUGAAAGGAAGUUCGGUAAUUAAAUCUAGCCAUAUUUUAAGCCCUAACCAGCAGGUUCACCUUAACACACUCACACUAAAUACUCGGCUUGCAACGCUGCUGUGAAUAGCACUAUAACAGACUUCACAGUAAAUGACUGUAAAAGAAAGAGCAACUCGCUGUCAUACAAAAAACAGAGGCAACAGUUUUGAAAGCUUGGCGACGUUCACCUCCAGCCAUUAAUACAGAAGGUUAACCGCAGAAAACCCUAAAAAAAGCUUAAAAUGUUCAGUUUAAACCUGCAUUAAGCAAAAUAAGUGACUGAUUAAAAAGAUGGAACAGAGCUCGCUUGGCUCCUUUUAGCUGCUUGUUUUGUUUUUCUGGCCGCACAGACAGAUGUGGUUUAAUGUUGGGAGGUGGAUUCAAGCUGGAAAGGGUCUCAAUUCGUUCCAUCUGACAUUUCUGUGACUUAUAAUUGACAAAUUAUAAUUGACUUUUUUGUAGUAAAACUGUCUUUGCUUACUUGUAAUAUAAAUUUAUUAUCAUAUAAUUGCUGGUUUUUGUGCCCACAUGAUUAAUGGGACCUUGCUGGAGUUUGUUUUUGAUCUUUUUUAGUUGCUAAAAACUCCACUGUGUUCCCACUUCAUCCCGUUUGAUGUUUGCCUUUUUUUCUCCAUAAUGCCAGCCUGCUGGGGCUGAUCAGAGUUGUAGAGUAGCAUUAUGAUUCAUUUCUGCUUGUGUUUGUGAUUAUUUUUUCCUCCAUUAUUCCCUCUCUUUAUCUUAGUACCUUGUUCUUUUGCUGCUCGUCACUGCCCUGUGGUCGCCAGCUCACCUCUGGCUUUGUCUAUCAGGGUUUUGACAAACACCUAAACAAGAAGAAAUCUUUUACAAAGCUCAGAAAAUCUAAGAGGAGCUGCAGAUUUAGCUAAUAAUGGAUCUGACGCUGCAAGCUUUCUUAAAAUUUCAGUUAAUUUGUUGUAAUGGUGUCGGGUGAAAUGCUCAUGUUCAGAUGAUAAAAAGAACGUUUUUCUUAAAAUCACAGAUUCCUCACAGCUGUUUGUGUCUUUGUUGAUAUUCUGCCAGCAGAUUUUUAGCAGAGGCAGAAAAAAACCUCCACGGGGAACUUUUAAGCCAUCAAAUAUUGAUUCUCUUAUUGGCCUCAAACGUCCAGAAUCCAUCUGUCUAUAACCACACAGCACAUGCUGCUGCUGCUUUCUCUCACUGUAAGUACAGAAAAUGGCAGCCCAGUGAGAAAUACUCCUCCGUGCAUGGUCUGCUUUAACUCACCAGCUUAAAAGCUGAUUAUGCCCCCUUGUGGUCAGAAAGUGCUUAAUGCAGCUUUAACGUUUGGCUGGCUGCAGCGACAGCUAGGAGGUAACGAUGAGAGGUGUUAGCCUGGCAGGUGCAGAAGUGAUACACGUUACCCAGAAAGCAUUGCUCCAGGCGUCAAAGAGCAUAGUCGUCUGUAAUGAUUUCUUUUAUUUUCUUAUUUUUCUCUUUGACAAACAGUUUCUGAGCAGAUCUUGGUUGGAAAUCACGGCUGUUUUAUCACAGCAGACACUAGAUGAAGAACACAGUUUGUUUGUUGUUGUUUUGUUUUUGUUUGUUUUGUUUUAUCACAGAAGCAUUUCAAAAUCAAAAUUUUAAGCCACAACAAUGAGUAAUUUAACAGGGGUCACAUUCAUUUUUGCAAGCGACAGAACCAAAAAAGAAAAUGUGUAAAAAUCGACUUCUCCAACAAGCCUGUUUUACAUAAAAAGUGUCAGUGAAUGCAGCAUCAACAAUAAGUAUUGUGUCACAUAUCUGGUGUCUCGUGCUGCAUCAUCCAAAACUGUUGCCUCAUGGUUACUGAUCAGCAUUUUCUGUGAGCAUCAGCUUCCACAGCAGAGACUCCAUCAGAGAGGGAAACUUCAUCUAUAAGCAGCAGCUGCUUCUCCAGAACUUGAAGUCAUAUUUAUAUGAAACUACCCUGUGCUACACGCCAGACUUACAUAGACUUUAUGGUUUGUAUCAUUUGAAAGUGCGCAUGAACUUUUUUCGACUGAGCAGUUUUUAUGAUCAGUGGUGGACGAACACUUCAGAUCUUUACUUAAGAAAAAGUACUAAACACAAGAAAGAAGUCCUGCAUUAACUCGAAGGGGACCUGUUGUAAAUCCUUAUUUUCUGUCAUAUAUCCUGUUACAGUGAUGGAAAGUCACAAUACUCAGCUUUGGUUUGUAUGAAGUCACAAAGAAAGGAAAUCCUUCAUAUGGUCUUUUCAUUCAGAGAGCACAGAAGCCCCGCCCACCUGCCUUUAAAUAUAUUCUAUUUUCAAGGCAACAUCCAGUUUAAAAUAAGUAAGGAUUAUUUUGAACUGUAAAUCAUGCAAAGCUAUUUUGGCAGAGAACAAAAAUAUGAAGCAGGAUGUGAGCAGAAUUGGCUCCCUUGAUAGUAAUUGUGCACAUUUUUGCAAACUUCACGCUGAUUACAAAGCACAGAUCCAUUGUUUCGUUUGGACAUUUAGACAACCGAGAGUAAUGUUGGUGUUAAAGAGAGUGAGUGUUUAUUUUAUCGAGUAAAAAACUGUAGGAGAAAAAAUGCUAAUAAAACAAUUUAAAGGACAUGGGGCAAAAAUAAUUAACUUCUAUAACUUAAUGUUUGAGCUCUACUUGUGUUAAAUUUAUAAUGAUCCUUAUAAGCAGAUUCUGUAUGAGUAUGAAGACAUUUUUGGGACAGGAAGCCUUUUGGUUUCUGUUUGUAGUCCAGGCUUUGGAUAGAUGCGGGUAAACAGUUCAUGUAGAGAGGAAAUGCAGGAUUACAUUUGUCAAAGUAUAUUAGAUAACCAUUGUGUAGUAUCUUAUGACAGUUAGUUUUUUAUUAAUUAUAAAAAAAUUAAAAAUGGAAAUCGUGGCCUGCCUGGUACCACAAAAUUAGCCAUUAUACCCAGUGGCUGAGUUAUCAGACAUCCCAGUGGGUUCCCAGAAUUAAUUACUUGUGCCUACACGACUUCCAUCCAUCCCCUUAUCCAAUGCAGGGGCACAGGGAAGCUGGAGCCUAUGUAUUUAGUUACACUCCACCACUGAUUAUAAUCCGAACGUCUAUGAAAGAGUCAAAAGCCUAAAAUGGGUAAAAAGCUGAUUUCAUCUUAAAGAAGAAACAUUAAAGUGACUUGUGGAUGUUUUUGAGUGGAUUGAACCUUUAAUGACAUCACUUAUUUGUAUAAUAUGUACACUGAUGUUAUUUAUGUCAUGUAAGGAUACGAUAUGCCUUAACAAGUAAACACCGGCACUGUACAUUGUGUAUACACUGAUAUUAUUAUGCUAACGUAUUACGGUCUGUAUAGUGAGCCAGUUAGCCAAGGGUAAUGUAGCCACACACACACACACACACACAUGCACACAUUAUUGAGUCCAGCUUGCAGUGGCGCACACACUGAUACUAAUCUCAGCUGUUUUUUGACGUUUUACAGUUUUCUUUCACAAAUACUGUAAAUAUAACCUGCAGACAUGCAGGAUGUGGAGGACCUUCAGAAACUCCUGCUCCAGAAACACGACGCAGGUAUGCAAAAGUAUAAAAAAAAAACCAACGAGUCACAGCGAACCAAGUUCUUUCUGUCAGCAGCCACUUCGUAAACAUCACACAAACUGCUGAGUAACCCUGCGAGGCCUAAACCAUCACAGGAUCAGAGGUUUGGUCGAAUCCUAACAGAAAAAAAGACUUUUGGGUCCUCUGUUAUUGUUAGGUCUCAUAACAUAAAGCGCCUUGAGGCAAUUAUUGUUGUGAUUGGUCGCGAUAAAAAUAAAAUUGAAAUGGAAAUGUGACUAGUUCGCAAAGUGUGUUAGCAGAAUUAUUAAACUUUUCAUUUGACUGUGAAGAUAUCAGAGAACGAUUUUAAAGUGAAAGUCCCAUUGUUGAUGGCACAGAUUUAGGGCUAAUUAUUAGUGAUGAUGGCUUUAACGUCACAGACAAACGGUCUUACGGCCGAUCAGCUGGUGUGAAGGUCGUUUGAGCCUUAAAAUGUCAGAAAAAACUAAAAUUGAUUUUUUUUUCUCCCACUGACAAUAAAAAAAUGUUCUAGACAUAUAUUUAUCACUUUUAAAUAUCCCUACUAUGAUCACACUUUGGAAACAAAGGAUUUGAGGACAUCAACAAUGACCAUAACUUUAGUGUUAUUUAACUAACGAUAAAAUAUUUCUGCUUUCAAUGAGUCUUCUGAUUAUUUUAGUAAUAAAACAUUUAACAUAAGAAAAAAAGGCCAAUAAAUAUACAAAAGCAUGAGCUUCAAAUAUAUUGAAUCUAUCAACACUAACGUAAUUGUAAACAUUGAUAGUGUAAGUAAUGAUUAAAAAGUAAAACAAAGACAUAAAGAAAUAUUUUAACUUUACAUGAAUUAUUAUAUUUAUUAAUUACAAACAGCAAAUAUUCAAACCUGUUAAAGGUUUUUAUUUAUUUAUAGUGUUAUUGUUAUUUUACCAGGAGCUGCAUCCAGGUAGAGACCAGGCUAACGGUGAGCAGCGUGUAACCUCAUUCGCUCCACCCCUGCUGAAGUGUCCUUGAGUAAAACAAAACCUGAGAUCUUUGCCGCCUUCAUGUGAGGGGGCUUCAUGGUUAACAUCGGGACACACGUGAGGGAACGAUUCCCAUGUUUUCAGCAGCUGUCGUCCUUCGCUGCUGCUGAAAGCUGCCCUGCUUCCUUCUCACCUCCGCAGUCAGUGUGUGAUCACACCAAGCUCACUGUGACAGAGGAGGAGAACUGGAGGCUCACUCAAACUUUACAGGCACGCUGUUAGCCAAACGUGUCUCUGCUGGAUUAGUCACACUGGCUGUGAUGGAGGUUCAGAACAAAUCUGAGUCAUGAUGCACUGAUCCGACCGACACAGCUGAUGCUGUCUGGUGUUGAGAGCAGUAGUCCAUUAAAAAGCUUCCCCUUCAACAGUAAUUUUCUCACUUUCCCAAAGAAAUGCGAGAGUGUUAAUUAAACAGCUGCAAACAUGUUGGCUGCGAGCACAACCAAAGACACACAAAAGGCUGACAUAGCGCUGAAAAAUAUGUUCCAGUAACUGUAAAAGUCAGAAACACCUUUCUCGGGCACAUUUUCAGCAUCUGCUACUUUUACAUCACACUCCAGAAGUCCUGAACUUUUCCCUCAGCCAAAAGCAGGUUUUGGAAUAUUGGAGACGCUCUGUGGGAUAUAUAAGUUCAUGAUAGUUUGAUCACUUACUUACUGCAAUAAAAUAAAACAUGAAAAUUAAAUGACAAAUCAAACUUCCUCUCAAGUUCUUCUGCAAUCAUCCACGGAGCGCUGCAGCAUCCCCAGCACUCCUUUCCACAGGUUCUGAAUCCUGUUUAGCCUCAUCGACAUUAACAAGAGACAUUAAUUUAAAAUAAAACCUUAAAAAAAGACAGAAGAAGCAGAAGUGCAAAAAUGUCAAAGUCGUUCCAGGUUUUCAGACUCUUUCCUGUUGCACUGGAUUCAGAAACAGUAGAAACGCCAACAUGGAGAUAAAGUUUCAGGCUGAGAUGCUUUAGCGUCAUGCAAGUAGAAGUGAGGAUUGCAAAGGUCAAAGUGUCACUUCAUUGUCAUCGUGUUGCUUUGGAAACAGGCUGAAGCUUUCCUAUUCAUGUGUGGAUGAAGUAGAGAGGAGUGAAGGAGGGGAGGAGAUGUGGGCGAGGCGGUGGGAUGCAGCCGAGUCGCCGGGUGACGUGAGGUGAUUCUUGAAGAGGCGGAUUUUCAGCUUAGCGGGGAAGACGAGGAGUGACUCUGCAUGAAUACUUUGAAUGACACAUUGAUGUUUCCCCGCUGGCCUCUGGGCAGCCAGAAAUAAAAAGACAAGGCUUAAGGUUUUAACAAGGUUGGAAAAAAACAAGUCUGAACCUGGUUCUCUUUGGGGGAGAAACAGAUUAGGCCUGUGGACCCUGCAGGUCCUUGUUAGUGGGGAGAAACAACAUCACAGAAGGAACGAUUGUUGGUGCUCGGUCACUUCACACAGGUUGGAUGCACAGAGCUGGAAGAAAAGGGCUUGAAAGGGUCUUUAGUUCAGUUAUGUGGAUGGAUGCAGUCAGGUGAGGAGGACACAGAAAGAAUGAGGAUUACACUUCAAAAAGCUCAUUCAGAUGGGAGGUGGGGGGCACGCAUGAGAGUAUUUUUUCAAAACUUCAGUCUUAGAGCUCAUAUUGGUUUGAAUUUGAUCAACUACAUGUGAAAAUGUGUGAAAAUGGUAGAAAACCAGCAGAAAUUCAGAAAUGUAAUCAUCACUGAGCUGCAUUCUCAGUGUGUUUGUAAUGUCAGUCGCAGGUUGCACAGAAGUCAGAGUCCAAAUAACAUGUUUCAUACAUGAGGCAAAGAAAAGACUGCUGUGGAUUUUUGUUCUGCCAGAUUUUGGUUUUGCAAAUAAAAAUAAAUAUCUGAGCUGCUGGAAGCUUUGAAAAAUGCCAAGUUUAAAACAGAUUUGCAGAAACCAAACGAACGCUUGAGCUUCUCCUCACAUCCUUUAAUGCUGGCUAAAUGUGUUUGUGCUGUUGUCGCUUUCUUAUGACAGCCAAAGUUGUGAGCUCAUCAGGAAACUGUCUGCACUGGUUUAAGAUCAAUUGAGAAGUAGGGUCAUUUUCCUCACAGGUGCAAUCAAAGUGUAGAGGGCGUUGCCCCUGCUGGUCAUUAGCAGGAAUACAGCUUUGAGGCUCUUCCACACCAGCUUCAUUAUUCAGACCUGAAGGCGGGCAUUAUGAAGUCUGCGAUGAGGACGUAGGUGAGCUGUUUGUGAAUAUGCAGAUGGAAUCAGGAAAGAAGAGUCAUGAGUGAGAAGCACUCACUGUCUUCGUUUGCUAAAGUGACUCAUAGGUCUGCAUAUAUUUAUUAGCUGCACUCCUGCCCUGACGGCGGUACUACAGCGUCGCUGCACUCACAAAGGGUGAAGAGUGAGGUCACAGUUAAAUGCACGAAUGGAUUUUAUAAUUAAG